AAGCGUGAUUCAGUUCUGACACCAAAGCAACAGAUUGACCGUCUGAAUAGACCUGGUUGUACGUAUUUCAAUCUGAAUCCAUACGAUCUCUCUUUGCUUGUACAUCCGGAUAAAAAUAGAGAUGACUCUGAAAGGGCACAGAAAGCAUUUGACGGUUGGUACAUGGAAUAUUUUGUAUUUCUUUUAGCUGUCGCAAAAGCUUAUAGGACUCUUGAGGACCCAGAGGCUUCCCGAAAGUGUUUGGAAGUUGUCGAGGAAGCAAAAGAACGGGUGGAACAAAUGAAAAGGCACGCAGUUUAUGUCCAAACAUGCAAAUUGUUCGCUGACCUGGAGCGGCUACGCGUGGAAGAAGAACUGAAACAGUCUAAUGAUAGGAAACGAAAAGCCGAGGAGGAAGAAGAAGAGCGAAAAGCAGCAGAAUUAGAAAAAGAAUGGAGGAAAAACUAUGAGGAUAGCCGUAACGAACGUGUUGCAAGCUGGCGCGAUUUUAAAGCAAAGAAAUCCAGGUCGUCAAGAGGUCUCGGUGGAUUUAAACCCCCUAAACCGAAAAUGGAACAAAGGCCUGGCUAG